AUGGAGUUUGAAGUAAUCUCAAAAGAGAACAUCAAGCCUUCAACCCCAACUCCACAUGACUUGAAAACCCACAAGCUCUCCUUACUAGACCAAAUCGUCCCCCCAAUUUACAUCCCACUCGUUCUAUACUAUCCGAGCCCGGAAAUCACUUCCGGGUCCGACUCCAUUCUCCGAACCACACAAACCCUUAAACAAUCACUCUCGUCAACUUUGAUUCACUUUUAUCCAUUGGCUGGAAGGGUCAAGGACAAGCUAUCCAUCGACUGCAACGAUGAGGGUGUCCCCUUCACGGUCGCAAAAUUCCAAACGACCCUGUCCGAGUUCCUUAAGAAACCCGACCCACUGGCCACCCGGGCCCACAUCCCUAGCCAGCUCACGUGGGCUGAGCCCGGGCCCGGAUCCAACGUGGCCAUGAUCCAGCUGAACUACUUCAGCUGCGGCGGCGUAGCCAUCGGAGCCCUUUUCCUGCACAAAGUCGUGGAUGGGGUCACGGUGGGCCAGUUCAUGAAGUCGUGGGCCGCGAAAGCCCGAGGCCUGGACGAGAUUUUGGGCCCGGAUUUCUCGGCCCAGCAUCUCUUCCCGCAUAACGCGGUCAUGCAGAGGGAGUCCCACUUGUUCUCGGUCAUGAGGAGGUAUUUCAAGUUUGGGAGGACGGUGAUGAGGCGGUACGUGUUUGAUGCCACGUCGAUCGAGUCCCUGCGGGCCAGGCUGCCUGAGAAAGGGGUCGAAAGGCGCCCGACGAGAGUCGAGACCGUGUCGGCUUUCAUAUGGAGGUGUUUCAUGCUGGCUUGCGCUCGGGUGAAUGAGAAAGCCGCCAUAUCCGAGAAUGGUGAUCGGUCGAUAUCACUAUUGACGCACAACAUGAACGUGCGGAGGAAAAACAACCCACCGUUUUCCGACAAUAGUUUCGGCAAUUUCGUGUGGCUCGUGCCGGCUUCUAGUGACAAUAACGACGAACACGACAGGGACCUGAAAACCUUGUUCAACAAAAUACGAAACGCGUUAAGCAAAGUGGACGUCGAUUUCGUAAAACAAAUGCAGGGGGAAGAUGGGUUUUCAGGCUACUCUGAGAUUCAAAAGGAAACUUGGAGCGAAUUCCCUGAAAAUGCCGAUUACUUGUCGGUUUCGAGCUGGUGCAAUUUCGGGUUUUACGGCAUUGAUUUUGGGUGGGGGAUGCCAGCCUGGAUAACAAAAUGCGACGCGGGGAGUGACGUGGAAUGGCCAUUUGUCAACGUGUUAUGGCUAACGGACACGAGAAAGGGGGAUGGGAUCGAAGCAUGGCUGACAUUGGACGUCGAGUAUUUUGCCGAGUUUGAUAAAAUUCAGGAUAUUCGUGAUCUUGCCAAGAUCGAUCCUAGUCCGUUGGAUAUUCAUGAGAGUUGA